CCGCCCUCGUUAUGCCAGCGGCGUGGCCGCGCGGCCAUGCCGAACCGGAAAACAGACACGUGCUUUCAUAUCCAUGCAAUUUUUCACGUGCUCACAUGGCUUUGACUGACAUGUGUUUUGCCGACGAAAUUGCGCGUAUUUGCUACGCGAGGUACCAAACUUUGCCCAAGAGUGGGAAACCAAACAGUAAAAAAGAAUGGACAUUGUUGUCUGGUGUAAUUGUUGAAGAUCUUUCAACUAAGAGCAUCCAUGUCGCAUCGCUGGCUACCGGCACCAAGUGCCUCCCGACGAUGCUGCUGAACUCGCAAGGAGAUCAAGUAGCAGAUAGCCAUGCUGAGGUGUUAACCAGAAGGUGUUUCCUAAGGUAUAUUUACCAGGAACUUCUGAAGUUGGCAAAGGGACAGCAGUCGGUCACAUUUCUACGGGAGGAUUCUAACGAGUUCAUGGCCAAGUUGAGGCCAGAAAUUCGACUUCAUCUUUUCACAAGUCACACACCUUGUGGAGAUGCUUCCAUUUUUCCAAAGGCUGGAGACAGUCGGUUAGGCUCGGAAAGUGAAUGCUCCGAAAACGAAGGUCCUAGCCCGAAGAGAAGGAAACUAGACAACUACAGGGAAGAGAAUGUCCCAUGCAACAGUGAUAUCUACAGAACUGGAGCCAAGUGUGUACAGGAUGGUCCACAGGAUGUCAAAGGCCCUGGAGAAGAAUACCACGUUUUAGGUGUCUUGAGGACAAAGCCUGGACGAGGUUCUGUCUCCCUCUCAAUGUCGUGUAGCGACAAAAUUGCUCGAUGGCAACAUUGUGGCCUCCAGGGUGCCCUCUUGUCUCAUUUCAUAGCACAGCCUUUACGUUUUACGUCUAUUGUUGUUGGAGGGUGUCCAUACUCUGAGCAAGCAAUGAGAAGAGCGUUAAGUGAACGACUUCCAGUUAACUCGGAACAACAUCCCUUGACCUUCUACCAAAGCAAAGUCAUCUUUGUACAUUCUCGUCUCAAUGUAGACAGUACUCAGGCUCAUUGCUGCAAUUCCAGCAUUCUGUGGAGUGAUGUUGCUGAGCAGCCCUUUUCUGUUGGAGUGAAUGGGUAUCGCCAAGGGGUUACUAAAAAGAAUCUGGGCAAUCCUGUUGCAAGAUUGCCUACAUGUAGGAAGGAAUUAUUUAAUCUGUUCCUGCAAUUACAACGAGAGGCUACAGCCAUUAAACUUCCAUCAACACUUACAAGUGGAAACUUGCGGACCUAUUUGGAUUACAAGAAAGCAAGUGUCCACCAUCAGGCACGUUGGAAGAACUUUACCGAAACCCUCCCUGGGUGGACUGUGAAGCCUCAGGAAUUGCAGAGUUUUUCUGGAGAUACCUCGGAAACAACAAGAUGAAAUAAUAAAGUCAUACGCAGCAUUGUAA